AGAAGACAUUUACUUGGAAGAAGAUUUUAAAGCUCCAUUACCUGACAGAGAUGACCGAUAUACUGCGGCUGGUGUCAGCAGCGGACAGAAGGACUCUACGGACCCUCUCACAGCUCUCUGAAGACGAUAUUAACUGUAUUUGGGCAGAUGUAUCCGCGUAUAUUGAACGUCAGAUGACCCUACAGAAGGGGGUUAAUCUGGCAGGGCUGGGGACCUUCACCUUCUCUCAGCAGAAGUUGAACAUAGGAAACAAGUUCACAAUAAUCCAAAGACCCAUCUUCCUCCUGGCUGGGAAACUAGUCAAGUCUCUGGGUUUAAAGCAGGUCAGGCCACUGGCUGCAGCAACACAUCUACCAGUGGUGCAAUUGAACUUUGCAGCUGUGUCGCAAGAGACUCCUUUCAGUCGAGACGUAGUGGAGGGCUGCAUUAGAGAAACUCUUCUUCUCCUGUUCAGAGCUUUAGCUUCCGAACAAAACCUAUUCCUCACCUUCCAGGGAAUUGGAGUUUUGUCCUUCAAGAACAACAAGGUGCGGAUGAAGUUCAACAGAGAUUUUAUUAAUGCCAUGGAUGGAACAGGUCGGCUGCUGUUGGCCUUUAAUACUAGACCUGGGAGCAGUGUCUCUUUACUGUCUGGUGGCCUGUCCAGGCUUCAGAGGCUACAGACUGCUAACCGCGUCACCCUGCCAACCGUCUGCUCUCCUCAGCCAGACAACAAAGCUGGUGACAAAGAUGUAUGGUGCUUGUCUCCAGCUCCAGACCAGAGGAAUGCAGGAGAAGUUCUCCAACAGAGAAAAUCCCAUCAGUCACUGCUGCCUGCCAUGGAAGCCGUCAGCCUGUCUGAAGAACUUAAUCCAAACCCCCCUGCAGACAGGCCCACCAUUUCUAUCAAACCACCAGAGGUCACUCCCAAACUGGAGGAACAUCCUGUGAGUGUUAGCUGCUCUGGCCACACCCGGGCAGGACAGGAACUGUGCUACCUGUGUAUGCAGCGGGCCCAAAGAAAUGUUCCAGUCUACCUGAGGGAGCAGCAGCAGGCUGAGGAGAAAGCUCAGGAGAAACUCUUACUGCUUCAAGAGCAGCAGAGAGACAAGCAGUAUAUGGAAGAAGAAGAGGAGACGCUGAACGAACAACGUGAGCAUGCAAAGCAGGUUGCUACAUUCAAUCUGCAAAUGUCUGAGAAGAAAGCAAAGACUCAUUGCCCUCUCUUCCCCACUUCAUUCGUCUUCCCGGCUCGGCCCCUCACUCCUGCCAGGAGGAUCCAGCAGCAUCGUUACCUGAACGAGCUUCAGAGCCAGAUAGAGAGCCGGCGGCAACACGAGACUCAAGACCAGCAGAACCGUCUCCUCAUGGAGCGUCUAGACCAGGUCCAGCUGGUCCAGGAGAUAGCUUUACAGAAGGCUCAGCAGCUCCAGCAGAAACACGAGAGAACUACUCAUUACAAGAGGGCUCUGGAUACUCAGGUGGGAGAUAAGAAGAACACAGAGCCUCCAGAGAGCCAGACUCAAAGCUCCGGAUUCAACCGAUGUGCCACAGCAACCAACAACACAGAGAGCCGAGAGAGGGCACAGAAGCUCUUCCAAGUCAAUUUCAGUGCUGCCACCCAGAGGAAGAAAGAGGAACUGCACAACCGCCAAGAGCAGCUGGAUAGAGAGAAAGAAAUUCUCAAACACAACAAAAUGGAGUUAAUAUUGGAUCGCAUCAAUCAUUUUGAGAUGAAGAAGGACAUCAGUAAGUCACUGGAGGACGAGUGGAGUCGCAGUCUGAAGCUCAAACACCAGCGAGAGGAAGAGGAGAGGCGCUUCCUGAGGUCUGCUGGUCAGCUCCUGGUAGACAAGCUUGCACAGUACAGGCGCUGCUGCCAGUGUAAGAGGAGAACCACCAACUGUGGAGAGACCAACAUCUGGAAAGACUCUCAUUACUUCUCUGGCUCGGAGUUUAUGAUCUGAUGUACAGUGUAGCCUGCAGCACUUCAACAUCAAUACCUCACAGCCGAAAACAACACCUCAACCAUCGUAACUCAUCUUGUGAACAUCACUUAAGAUUGAUAGAAGUUAAGGAUAUGUGAAGCUCCUGAUACUUGGAUGUUAUGGUGUGCAGCAUGUGCUAUUCUCUGAUUUAUUAUUUCUUCUUUCUGACAGUAGUUUUUGGAGUUUAUGUUUGUUUUUACCCCCCUCCCCCUAUAAUAUGGUGGUUUUAUGUGUCCAAAGAUUGCAUGUAACAAUACUCACUAAUAACAUAUUCAGUCAAUAAAAUUGUCAUGUUCUUGUCCUUGGGCAA